GCGCGAGAGCGCGCCCGCGGCGGCGGUGGCGGCGACUGUGGGGGGGGUGUGGGGAAUAUUGGCUAAGGCGACAGUGGAGGCUUAGGCACCGGUGGCGGGCGGCUGCGGUUCCUGGUGCUGCUCGGCGCGCGGCCAGCUUUCUAGUUCGGAACGGAACGCUCGGCGUCGCGGGCUCCGCCCGGAAAGUUUGCCGUGGAGUCGCGACCUUUUGGCCCGCGCGGCCCGGCAUGAAGCGGCGUUGAGGAGCUGCUGCCGCCGCUUGCCGCUGCCGCCGCCGCCGCCGCCGCCGCCGCCGCCGCCUGAGGAGGAGCCGCAGCACCCUGGGCCACGCCGAUGACUACUGCAAACUGUGGCGCCCACGACGAGCUCGACUUCAAACUCGUCUUUGGCGAGGACGGGGCGCCGGCACCGCCGCCCCCGGGCUCGCGGCCUGCAGAUCUUGAGCCAGAUGAUUGUGCAUCCAUUUACAUCUUUAAUAUAGAUCCACCUCCAUCUACUUUAAACACACCACUUUGCUUACCACAUCAUGGAUUACCGUCUCACUCUUCUGUUCUGUCACCAUCGUUUCAGCUCCAAAGUCACAAAAACUAUGAAGGAACUUGUGAGAUUCCUGAAUCUAAAUAUAGCCCAUUAGGUGGUCCCAAACCCUUUGAGUGCCCAAGUAUUCAAAUUACAUCUAUCUCUCCUAACUGUCAUCAAGAAAUAGAUGCACAUGAAGAUGACCUACAGAUAAAUGACCCAGAACGGGAAUUUUUGGAAAGGCCUUCUAGAGAUCAUCUCUAUCUUCCUCUUGAGCCAUCCUACCGGGAGUCUUCUCUUAGUCCUAGUCCUGCCAGCAGCAUCUCUUCUAGGAGCUGGUUCUCUGAUGCAUCUUCUUGUGAAUCACUUUCACAUAUUUAUGAUGAUGUGGACUCAGAGUUGAAUGAAGCUGCAGCCCGAUUUACCCUUGGAUCCCCUCUGACUUCUCCUGGUGGCUCUCCAGGGGGCUGCCCUGGAGAAGAAACUUGGCAUCAACAGUAUGGACUUGGACACUCAUUAUCACCCAGGCAAUCUCCUUGCCACUCUCCUAGAUCCAGUGUCACUGAUGAGAAUUGGCUGAGCCCCAGGCCAGCCUCAGGACCCUCAUCAAGGCCCACAUCCCCCUGUGGGAAACGGAGGCACUCCAGUGCUGAAGUUUGUUAUGCUGGGUCCCUUUCACCCCAUCACUCACCUGUUCCUUCUCCUGGUCACUCCCCCAGGGGAAGUGUGACAGAAGAUACCUGGCUCAAUGCUUCUGUCCAUGGUGGGUCAGGCCUUGGCCCUGCAGUUUUUCCAUUUCAGUACUGUGUAGAGACUGACAUCCCUCUCAAAACAAGGAAAACUUCUGAAGAUCAAGCUGCCAUACUACCAGGAAAAUUAGAGCUGUGUUCAGAUGACCAAGGGAGUUUAUCACCAUCCCGGGAGACUUCAAUAGAUGAUGGCCUUGGAUCUCAGUAUCCUUUAAAGAAAGAUUCAUGUGGUGAUCAGUUUCUUUCAGUUCCUUCACCCUUUACCUGGAGCAAACCAAAGCCUGGCCACACCCCUAUAUUUCGCACAUCUUCAUUACCUCCGCUAGACUGGCCUUUACCAGCUCAUUUUGGACAAUGUGAACUGAAAAUAGAAGUGCAGCCUAAAGCUCAUCAUCGAGCCCAUUAUGAAACUGAAGGUAGCCGAGGGGCAGUAAAAGCAUCUACUGGGGGACAUCCUGUUGUGAAGCUCCUGGGCUAUAACGAAAAGCCGAUAAAUCUACAAAUGUUUAUUGGGACAGCAGAUGAUCGAUAUUUACGACCUCAUGCAUUUUACCAGGUGCAUCGAAUCACUGGGAAGACAGUCGCUACUGCAAGCCAAGAGAUAAUAAUUGCCAGUACAAAAGUUCUGGAAAUUCCACUUCUUCCUGAAAACAAUAUGUCAGCCAGUAUUGAUUGUGCAGGUAUUUUGAAACUCCGCAAUUCAGAUAUAGAACUUCGAAAAGGAGAAACUGAUAUUGGCAGAAAGAAUACUAGAGUACGACUUGUGUUUCGUGUACACAUCCCACAGCCCAGUGGAAAAGUCCUUUCUCUGCAGAUAGCCUCUAUACCCGUUGAGUGCUCCCAGCGGUCUGCUCAAGAACUUCCUCAUAUUGAGAAGUACAGUAUCAACAGUUGUUCUGUAAAUGGAGGUCAUGAAAUGAUUGUGACUGGAUCUAAUUUUCUUCCAGAAUCCAAAAUCAUUUUUCUUGAAAAAGGACAAGAUGGACGACCUCAGUGGGAGGUAGAAGGGAAGAUAAUCAGGGAAAAAUGUCAAGGGGCUCACAUUGUCCUUGAAGUUCCUCCAUAUCAUAACCCAGCAGUUACAGCUGCAGUGCAGGUGCACUUUUAUCUUUGCAAUGGCAAGAGGAAAAAAAGCCAGUCUCAACGUUUUACUUAUACACCAGUUUUGAUGAAGCAAGAACACGGAGAAGAGAUUGAUUUGUCUUCAGUUCCAUCUUUGCCUGUGCCUCAUCCUGCUCAGACCCAGAGGCCUUCCUCUGAUUCAGGGUGUUCACAUGACAGUGUACUAUCAGGACAGAGAAGUUUGGUUUGUUCCAUCCCACAAACAUAUGCAUCCAUGGUGACCUCAUCCCAUCUGCCACAGUUGCAGUGUGGAGAUGAGAGUGUUAGUAAAGAACGGCAUAUGAUUCCUUCUCCAGUUGUACACCAUCCUUUUCAAGUCACACCAACACCUCCUUUGGGGUCUUCCUAUCAGCCUAUGCAAACUAACGUUGUGUACAAUGGACCAACUUGUCUUCCUGUUAAUGCUGCCUCUAGUCAAGAAUUUGAUUCAGUUUUGUUUCAGCAGGAUGCAACUCUUCCUAGUUUAGUGAAUCUUGGCUGUCAACCAUUGUCAUCCAUACCAUUUCAUUCUUCAAAUUCAGGCUCAACAGGACAUCUCUUAGCCCAUACACCUCAUUCUGUACAUACCCUGCCUCAUCUGCAAUCAAUGGGAUAUCAUUGUUCAAAUACAGGACAAAGAUCUCUUUCUUCUCCAGUGGCUGACCAGAUUACAGGUCAGCCUUCUUCUCAGUUACAACCUAUUACAUAUGGUCCUUCACAUUCAGGGUCUGCUACAACAGCUUCCCCAGCAGCUUCUCAUCCCUUGGCUAGUUCACCGCUUUCUGGGCCACCAUCUCCUCAGCUUCAGCCUAUGCCUUACCAAUCUCCUAGCUCAGGAACUGCCUCAUCACCGUCUCCAGCCACCAGAAUGCAUUCUGGACAGCACUCAACUCAAGCACAAAGUACAGGCCAGGGGGGUCUUUCUGCACCGUCAUCCUUAAUAUGUCACAGUUUGUGUGAUCCAGCUUCAUUUCCACCUGAUGGGGCAACUGUGAGCAUUAAACCUGAACCAGAAGAUCGGGAGCCUAACUUUGCAACCAUUGGUCUGCAGGACAUCACUUUAGAUGAUGUUGAGACCUACGUUUUGGCCAGUCUCAGCAGGAAGAUAUCUGAGGAAUCUAGAGGUGAGAGCCUGAACCCAGAGCCCCCAGCCCGAGGGAGAAGUGAGGGAGAAGGAAAGCAGAGGACUUGCAUGAUUAACACUCGGCUCAAGUUAUUGCUAAAGUGAACGAGAUAAUUGGGAGAGACAUGUCCCAGAUUUCUGUUUCCCAAGGAGCAGGGGUGAGCAGGCAGGCUCCCCUCCUGAGUCCUGAGUCCCUGGAUUUAGGAAGAUCUGACGGGCUCUAACAGUGCUCACUGCAGCCUUGUGUCCACCACCAACUUCUCAGCAUGUUUCUCUCCUUGGACCUUGGGUUUCCAACUCUGCAGCCUUCAGGUCUGGAGCCGGGAGUGGGACCCACCAUUUGUGGGGAAAGUAGCAUUCCUCCACCUCAGGCCUUGGGUAGAUUUGGCAAAAGAACAGGAGCAGCAUAGGCUGUUUGAGCUUUGGGGAAAUGAACUUUGCUUUUUAUAUUUAACUAGGAUACUUUUAUAUGAUGGGUGCUUUGAGUGUGAAUGCAGCAGGCUCUCUUGUUUCCGAGGUGCUGCUUUUGCAGGUGACCUGGUUACUUAGCUAGGAUUGGUGAUUUGUACUGCUUUAUGGUCAUUUGAAGGGCCCUUUAGUUUUUAUGAUAAUUUUUAAAAUAGGAACUUUUGAUAAGACCUUCCAGAAGCAAAAAAAAAAAAAAAAAAAAAAAAAAAGAAAAGAAAGAAAAAGAAAAAAAUAUCCCAAGCCCACACCUAUGCCUCAGAAAGUCAGCAUGUGUCCUGAAGACUUUCAUAGAUUUAUAGGAAAUAAAGCCAAAUGUAGCUCAUACCUCUUUAUAAAACUAAACUUUUGUUAAAUAAAAUGAGAAGAGACCAUUCCAUCAUUGAAGUGUUGGAAUAUAAAAAGACAUUCCAGAGCAUAGCCUUUUGGUAACUUUCUAGGUAAUCUUGCAAUCUCUCCAUACUGGCUCCAUGUUGAAAUUGCUUUUUCCCUCAGGACCUUGGGUAAGAUGGCUACAUUUAAGGUGACUCUGAAUGGUGGGGUUGUAGCUUGGUCACUAUUUCUUGCCAUCAUAAAAACUAGUAGGCUGUGGAGUGCUCUUCCUGUUUGUGUCAUCUGGUCCUAGAACCUUUUCCAAACAGAAGCAUCUGCCUUUGGCUGUUCUGUGACCUUUGAAGCCAGUCUCACAGUGGUUUAGGCAGCUUUGCAGUUCUAACUCUUCUCUAGAGGCCAGGCUGUGUGCAGAGCUAAAGCACAAAUGAGCAGUACAUCAGCAUGGGCAGAGAAAAUACAAGACUCCAGAUGGGAAGGUUUUAAGAGUCACACUGGCAUGGAAGGCUUAUCUGCCAUUCUUUUUAUAGCCUGAAAUGAUUCUGGCCUACCCUGUCCUGUCUGUAUGAUCUAAAAACCAGCCUUUUCCCCAGAAGGCUCUGAGCACAUCCAGAAAUGAUAACCUGACCCUCCACACCAAAGACACCCUGGUGCUGCUGCUGGUGAGACUGGUGUCCAAGGCAGGGCCCAGCAGAAACUGCAGCCUGCUGUCUACCAAAGGAGGUACCCGAGUUGGGUACUUUAAAAAAAAAAAAAAAACCUGCCCUUACUCCUCUCCCUAAUGGGAUUUUUUUACCUGUUCCUGGGCCCAUUACAGAGCCUCUGAAGUUUGCAGUAUGCUUUCAAAUGAAAUAAUGUACUUCCAUUGAUUCAGGAAGAUUUUUUGAGUGCCUAUAUGUGAGACAGUGUGCUGGUUGAAGGCCUGAUGCUGUUAUUCCAGGAGACUGCAGGCCCUUGAUGCCAGGACUCUCUCUACUGAGGCCAGUUCAAGUCUGGGAAAGGGAGCUGGCCUAUUGCCCACCACCUGUUGUCAGUAGGGUAGGAGCUGUUGACUCAGAAUGAGGAAGUAUGGUCUUUAAAAAAAACAAAAUAUAUUUUAGAUUUCUCCCCUAAAGUUAGAGAAAAAGGUCUAUCCUUCAGCAGAUCACUGUGGCCCCUCUUGGAGCUGGGUGUUUUCAAAUUUUCUUGAAAAGUGAGUUGUGUCACAGAAUGUGGAUAGUGAGAUUUGCUUCUGGGCCUGUGGUUGGAAGCCCACAGCUUCCUUUGGAGGGGCAAGAAGUUGGCCUCUCAGUUGACAUUCCAGAGAAAUGGCCAGACUUGCCUCUACCCUUUUGCCCCUGGUGUAGCUGCCUCACAUGAGGUUAUUGCAAGAGUUCCCCUUGCAAUACCCUUUGGGGGCUGCUUUGCUGCCCUCAAGAAUUAAAAGCCUCUAUGAUCCAGAGUUGCUAUGCACCAAAUUUUGAUGCCUUCUAAAUACCUUGAUGCCUGUAGCACUAGAAAUGCUUUCCUAUUUAAAAUAAACAUUAAAUUUUAAAAUAGAGCUUUGUAUACUAUGUAAGCAGUUUUAUAUCAGCUUUGUAAAAGCUUUGGUGUUAAGAGUCAAUAUUUUUUGGUUUUGUAGAUAAAGACUUAAAUUUUUGUGCAACAUAGUGGUGUUAAAGCACACAUCCAUUGGACUAUGCAAAUCAAUUUCUAGUAGCAGCACUGAGCAACUGGGCACGUGCUAGUACGCACCCCCUCCUACUCUAACUGUGCUAGCUCUUGGGUUGAGGAAUGGAAUGAGUAGCCUUCUGCUUACUGGAGAUGCACAGAGAAACAUGGCUGAAAACAGCUUUAAAAAGAACAUGUCUUUGGGUUCAUGUGUGGUGCUGCUGCCCGGGUGUAAACUAUCCCCACCCAGGGCCAGCCAUUAUCACCAGACCUCUUCUGCGCCUGGCUGUGAAGCCCUGUUUUUGGUAUUCAGAAUGGAUCUUUAAGGCUCAGAUGGGCUCAAAUUGAAACCUUGUAUUUUAUAAAAUGGAUGUUUAGUAAAGGAACUGGUUCUCAGUUAUGUUUACAGCACUUGGAAUUGUGUGUUCUUGUACAUUUUGUAUUUUAAAACCUUUAUGGGAGUGCAGUGCUCCUUAUACAAAUACAAAGGGAAGAAGAGCCAGCAGUUGAGGCUCCUCAGUUUUAGUGCUGAAAUAAUAAACAGUGACAGGUCAACAGU